UGAGGUUAUGUUCAUUUUGGUAUGUGAACUUUGAAUUUAGUUCAAGAAAUAAUUUCGGUUUUAAUUUGGACCAUUUUGAUAAUUUUUUAUCGUGUUAGAAGUACUAAAAGGAUAUAAUAUUAAAGAAGUGAGAUAAAAUGACUUUGUUAAGAAAGAAAAAAUAAUUGAGGUUAUGUUAUUUGAUUGUUAAGUAAAAUGAUAAAUUAAGCUAAGUACUUACAUAAUUCGGUGAGAUCCCUUUUUAUUGAGUUAAAAUUAAUUGUAGGACUUUUUUCUUCUUCGGAGCGUGGAUUAACGGAGAUGGAUUAAGUAAGGGAAACUCUGGAAUCAGGAAAAAAAUUCAAGGAAGUUUUAUAUUUAAUUUUUAAAGAGGAACUUUAAUUAAACUUGGAAGCUUCAAUUAGAAGCUUAAAAAAUGUUUUUAUUUUAAAAUAUUACUUUAAGAUUAUAUUUGAAGAUUUGCUUCGGAGGUAAAAAGGUGUCAUUCAAAUAAACUCUCAAAUUUUGACAUAAAAAUGACAUAAUUGUUAGGUUAAAAUUUAAAAAAUUUCAUAAUUUGAAUUAAUGGAAAAUUUUCGCAUAAUCUAAUAAAGUUGUUAAAAUAACGAUAUUUAAUGCACCUGUUACGAAAUAUUUCUUCUUUUCGUAAUCGAUUUCGAUAAAAAAAUCAGCGCGAUUAAUCUAAAAAAAAUUUCGUUAAAAAUACCUUUAUAAAAAAUCGUCCCAUUAAAUUUUUUCCACAUUUAUCAUUCGUGGUUUUUGUGAACUAGUUGGGGCCUGAUUGUUUCUGAUUGUUCAACAAACAAAGACUUAAUGACGACGAGUGGUAAUCACACCGCGAAUUCAAGUGCCUUCCAACUGUAUAUAAAAGCUAAUUCAUCGGCCCUUUAAUAAUAUUACCAAUAAAGUUUUAUAGGGUUACAUUAAAAAAAAUGUUUAUAAAAAAAUCAAAGUACGUUCAAUAUUUAGCUGCGUUAACAGCUUCCUUAACAAUCGGCUCAAACACGGCUUAUGUGACAUGGUCUUCACCGAUUUUACCUCAGUUAACAUCGAAAAAUUCACCGAUUGGGGUUCAAAUCACAAAUGCGGAGGCUUCAUGGGUUGUCUCAAUAAUCCUCCUCGGAGGGAUCGUAACAUGCCCAUUUUCAGCGAGUUUCGUCAAAAAAUUCGGCCCCAGACGCUCAUUAUUAUUCUCAUCAAUUUUUAUCAUGCUCCCUUGGAUCCCUAUCACCUUAGCAAACUCAGUUUGGAUCUUAUACAUCAGCAGAUUCAUCGCCGGAAUGGCAACGGGCACAAUAACAGCGGGUGUCACAAUAUACAACAGCGAAAUAGCCGAUCAAGAAAUUCGCGGUAAACUCGGUACAGCUUUCACCAUAAUGAAGUUAAUGGGGCACUUUGUCGUUUUGACUUUUGGCCCGUUCGUUUCCUAUCAAGUUUUAUGCGUGAUUUGCGGUGUGAUGCCGUUAAUUUGUUUUUGUACGAUUUAUUUUAUGCCGGAAUCGCCGUAUUAUUUGUUAAAAAUUGGGGAGAAGCAUCGGGCGAAAGAAAGUUUGGCCAUAUUGGGGAGUGACGAGUUAAACGAGAAUGAUCUUGAACGCAAAAUGAAUGAAAUCGAAAAAGUUGUUAAUGAGGAUAUGAGAAAUAAAUCCGGAAUGGUGGAGUUAUUUAGAAAUCCUCGAUAUCGGAAAGGUUUAUUAACUAUGACAGGUGUUAAAGUAUUGCAUAGUAUGAGUGGGACUGUUGCUAUUGAAUCUUACAUGCAAAGUAUUAUAGGGUCGAGUUCCAGUUCGAUAUCUCCGGAAAUCUCAAGUAUUAUUUUUGGGGCCAUACAGUUCCCUGCAGCUUUUUUAGCAAGUGCAAUCGUAGACAAACUUGGUCGUAAACCACUUUUAAUAAUCUCAGCCUUCGGAUGUGCUUUAGCUUUAAUAUCAGAAGGAAUCUAUUUUUAUAUUCAAGAUGUACUUAAAUCAGAUUUAAAGAAUAUCUCUUGGAUCCCCACAACGGGGAUAAUCGUAUUCUUAAUAAGCACUCCGCUUGGAGUCUCUUCGUUACCCUAUGUCUUAAUGGGUGAAUUAUUUCCGGUUAAUAUUAAAGAAUCUGCUAUAACAUUAAUAAUUUUUUACGGUGUUUCUAUGUCGUUUGUUGUUUCGAAAUUUUAUCAACCAGUUUUAGAAAUGUGGGGGUUGUACACGGUUUUUUGGAUCUUCGGAGGAGUUUGCUUAGCGGGGAUGGUUUUCGUUUGGUGCGUUGUCCCAGAAACUAAAGGUAAAUCAUUUGGUGACAUUCAAAUCAAAUUGAACCGAUCAAAAAAUAAAAAUAACCUCGAUAAGAUCGAAAAUUUAGAGGGUUAAUAACUUUUUUUACUCACUUAAAUAAAAACUUAAUAAGAAUUUAUUAAA